CUACAAUCUGCAUUUGAAGAGCAUUUCUGAGGAAAAUAAAGAAAAAUUGCCAUCCAUGCCCUUGUAUCUGUCCCCAGGAUACAUUUUCCAAGAGAAGUUACAGUCCUUUCUUGGCCAACCUCCAUCUUUAGACGGCUUGGACAAGAAGCACACUGGAAAAAAACAAUUUACUGAUCCUAUUGAGGAAGAAGAUGCAGAUAUACUGUUCACUUCAGUGCAGGAAAUGUUAAAAGCUGCUGUAAUGGCAGAUGCAGAAAUUCUUACCGAAACCCUUCGCCAACUGAUGGAGUCAGCCAAAGAGCUC